AGUGAAUGACAGUGUGUGUGUAUGUGUGCCCUGCGAUGGGUUGGCACUCCGUUCAGGGUGUAUCCUGCCUUGAUAAGCGGUAGAAAAUGAACAAUUGAUCUAUUUGUUUGGGAAUUGUUACAUUCCAGAACGUGUGCUGGACAUGUUCAUGAAACUAAGAUGCAUUAAUAGCCCUGCUGUAAUUUAAAAUUGGAUCCUUUCAGUAGCAUUUCCUUAUACCUAAGUGCCUAUAUGUAUUUUGUGAACAUUUUCUUUUUAAUAACAAUGGAGAAGGUUUAUUUAUGUAAGACAAAAAAAAGCACUUGCAACGAGCUUACCAUUUUUAAAAUAAAGAUUAUGAUUUUGGAAUAUUAUUGAAAAUCAAUUAUUACUUUUGUGAAGAGAUUCACAUAAAAAUGCAGCUCAAGGCACAGUACAAUUUUCUCUUUAAUAGUUCCUAUUAAUAUCUUAGUUUAUAUUUAAUAAUGUAUACAGUAUUUAAAUUACACAAUUUUUAUCUUUUUCUUCUUUAUUUUGUCCCAAACAAAUGUGAGCAAUUGCAUUGACUAUCAGAAAUAAAUUUUUCGAAUGCAUUCAGCAUUCUGUUUCUUAAGCUUAGUGUAACAGGCUCUGAAUCUCUGCAUCAGAGCUACAAGCCAUUAUUGCACGUGUAAAAGUACACAGGUAUUAUGAUAAAUAGUAAUCACUUUUGGCAUGCAUUUUAGUAAUCUUAAGUGCCAUUUAUUAUCUGCUAUCUACAAUAAACACUACCUAAGCAUUGCUUUGAGAGUUUGAGGGUCAACUGUAGGUAUUUAAAAGAGCAGACCCUGUGCAACACUGUACACAGCAACGAUGGGCAAGGUGGUCCUGGUUUCAGCUUUGGCCCUGCUGCUUCAUAUGCAGCUUGGCUCAGCCUACAUACUGUCAUGCUACUUCACCAACUGGGCACAGUAUCGUCCCCCACCGACCAUCUACAUGCCCAAUGACAUCGACCCUUGCCUGUGUACCCAUCUCCUCUAUGCCUUCGCCACCAUGACCAAUGACUACAAAAUUGCUACCUUUGAGUGGAAUGAUGUGGAGCUCUACAGCCAAUUCAAUGGCCUGAAGGACAAGAACGGUAACUUGAAAACUCUGCUGUCAGUCGGUGGGUGGAACUUUGGCUCCUCAGGGUUUUCUGCCAUGGUAGCCAGUGCUGCCAACCGCCAGACUUUCAUCAAUUCUGUAAUUGCUUUUCUGAGGAAGUAUGAAUUUGAUGGAUUGGACAUUGACUGGGAGUACCCAGCCAACAGGGGUAGUCCACCACAAGACCAGCAACUGUACUCGGUUUUGUUAGCUGAAAUGAGGACUGCAUUUGAGGCAGAGGCCAAGCAGACUAACAGAGCACGACUACUGAUGUCUGCUGCUGUCUCAUCGGGUCGAGGCACCAUUGACACAGCAUACCAAAUUCCUCAGCUUGGACAAUCACUGGACAUGAUUAAUGUUAUGACCUAUGACAUGCAUGGAUCAUGGGAUCCUUUCACAGGAGAGUGUAGUCCCCUGUACAGGGAUUCUUUUGACAGCGGUGGCUACAUCUACUUUAAUGUGGACUAUGCCAUGAAUUACUGGAGGACCAAUGGUGCUCCUGCAGAGAAACUUCUUGUUGGGUUCCCCACCUAUGGAAACACUUUUACCCUGAGCAACCCUGCCAACCAUGGAAUUGGAGCUCCAAUCUCUGGAGCUGGAACAGCAGGAAAAUACACUCAGGAAGCUGGGGAACUGGCUUAUUUUGAGAUCUGCACCUUCUUGCAAGGGGGUGCAACCGAGGUGUGGAACGCUCAACAAGACGUGCCCUAUGCCUAUAAGGGAAACCAAUGGGUUGGUUAUGACAACAUGAAAAGCUUCCAGAUCAAGGUUGAUUGGCUGAUGAAAAGCAACUUUGGUGGUGCUAUGGUGUGGACUAUUGACAUGGAUGACUAUUUGGGAACGUUCUGUAACCAGGGCAAAUACCCUCUAAUUAAUGUGCUUCACAAAGCCUUGAACUUGGACCAACAAUCCUGCAAGCCUCCUGCAACUCCACUGCCCCCAAUAGCAGGAGUGAGCAGCACAACCCCUAGUGCCAGUGCCAGUGGAAGUGGAAGUUCUAGUGGAGGAAGCUCCAGCAGUGGAAGCUCCAGCAGUGGUAGCUCUAGCAGUGGAAGCUCCAGCAGUGGAAGCUCCAGCAGUGGAAGCUCCAGCGGCACCAGUGGCAUGAACAGCUCUUUCUGUGCUGGCAAAGCAAAUGGUCUGUAUCCAUUUUCUGCCAAGAGUAACAAAUUCUAUGAGUGCAGCAGAGGCCAGACUUAUUUCCAGCAAUGUGCAUCUAGCCUGGUGUUUGACACAAGCUGCUCAUGCUGCAACUGGAGCUAAAGGUUCAAAGCAUUCACUAAAUUGCUGCUUUUGUUUUGAUUCUUCUAUUAUUCUAGAAAAUGAAUCAUCGUAAUAAAAGCGUAAUCUGUAAGAUGUUUGGUGUGUGAUGAGUAGGUCAUUCUGGAUUUAUAGCUGCUUAAGUUUAUGAAGAAACACUGUUCACUUCCUUUGUGCUCAGGGUUGUAUAAUCGUCUGUAAUAAAGCUAAUGAAAAAGCUA